CAUUCUUUUUCAGGUGAUUGCCGUUCCCCUGCUCAGCUAGCCCAGCAUGGCCCCUUGCAGUGAGCAAUGAUAUGCCUUGGAGCCUAUAGAGACCCAAAGUCCAAAGGAACUCUUGUUUCGCUUCCUUCGUUCCAUAACAAAAUGAGAUGGUGCUCUUAAGGUAGUAGCUGCUCGUUGCAGUCUGGAAGACACACCUUACCAGGAGGAUUUUCUUUCCCCCCUUUGCCCACAAACGCAUGUUCUGAUGGAUGUCGGACGGUGGUGACACCAUGUAGAAGGGUCCUGAAGAGGCGUCCUAACUGAGUUGCAAUGGUUUUAUACACUUCCCCAUUUCCCAACGGCUUUCUUUCAGCGCUACACUCUUUCUCCUGGGGCUUAAUCUUCCCAUGUUACUGGCUCGGAGACCGGCUCGUGGCCUCAUUUGUGCCUACCACCUACGAGAAGCGCCAGAGGGGAGACGACCCGUGCUACUUCCAUGCCUUGUGUGUCUUCAUCACCACUCCCAUCUACCUAGCGCUGCUGGCGGUCUCUCUUCCUUUUGCCUUGAUCGGUUUCCUGUUAUGGUCGCCUCUCCAGUCCGCUCGGCGGCCGUACGUCUAUUCCAGGCUGCAGGACAAAAGCCAGAUCAACGGGAGUACGUUACUCACUGAGUGGAAAGCCGCCAGCAAUGGAAGAAGCUUUUGCUUUGGCAGUGCCAAUGUUUGCCUGCUCCCAGACUCCUUGGCAAGAUUCAACAAUGUGUUCAACACGCAGGCGCGAGCUAAGGAAAUUGGGCGGCGGAUCCGGAACGGGGCGAGCAGGCCUCAGAUCAAAAUCUACAUAGAUUCCCCCACCAACACGUCCAUCAGUGCGGCGAGUUUCAGCAGCCUGGUGUCCCCUCAGGGUGGAGAUAGCAAUAACCGUGCUGUCAAUGUAGGCAUCAAGAGGACAACGUCCAUGGAGUACAAAGGGGACAACUCCGGUCCGAACAACGGCGAAGACGGGAAAGAUGCCAAAGGAGGAGGGGAGGCCAACGAGGGAGAAGACAGCAACACGUGCAUUGUGCGCAUAGGGGGAGAGGACAAUGGCCACAUUUCAGAACCAGACGCUGAUGGCACAGGGGGGCAAGUGAAUAAUAGCAGGGGGCCGGCUGAUCGUUCUCCAGAAUCUGAAGCUGAGAGCCUGAAAGGCCAGACCCCAAAUCACAAGCCGAAGGAAGGGGAUUCCGGGAGCCUGGAUAGCUACACUGCCUCGCGAGAGUCCCUGGUGAAGGUGCGCACUGGAGAUGGCCCAGUGGACCAAAGCACUGUCAACAGCAAGCUCCUCUACAAGGCCUCGCUCAUGAAGAAGACCUCCGUGAGAAAAAAGAAGAACACUGACGAGCCCUUUGACCACGAGAUCUCCGCUUUCUUCCCCGCCAACUUGGACUUCCUGUGCUUGCAGGAAGUGUUUGACAAAAGGGCGGCGGAGAAGUUGAAAGAGCAGCUCCACCAUUACUUUGAAUACAUUCUGUACGACGUUGGGGUCUACAGCUGCCACGGCUGCUGUACCUUCAAAUUUGUGAACAGUGGCCUGCUUUUUGCCAGUCGCUAUCCAGUUUUGGAUGCUGCCUAUCACUGUUAUCCCAACGGAAAAGGAACAGACUCCCUGUCUUCUAAGGGAGCCCUGUUUCUUAAGGUGCAAGUGGGAAUUACACCUCAGGACCAAAGAAUUGUGGGAUACAUUUCCUGCACUCACUUGCAAGCUCUGGCAGGGGACACUACUGUUCGAUGUGAACAACUGGAUCUGCUUCAGGAUUGGCUGGCUGAUUUCAGAAAAUCUACCUCCUCCUCCAGCACAGCCAAUCCAGAGGAGCUGGUGGCAUUUGAUGUACUCUGCGGUGAUCUCAACUUUGACAAUUGCUCAUCAGAUGACAAGCUGGAACAGCAGCACUCCUUCUUUACACGCUACAAGGACCCCUGCCGCCUCGGUCCAGGGGAGGACAAAUCGUGGGCAAUUGGUACCUUGUUAGACCCAGAAGGACUAUAUGAUGAAGAAGUGUGCACUCCAGAUAACCUACAAAAGACGAUGGAGAGUGAAGAAGGGCGGAAAGGUUUCCUCGUUUUUCCCACCAGCAAGACCCAUUCCUCAAGCCAGAAAGGAAGGAAGGCAGCUCUGAAGGGCAACGGGAGGAGAAUCGACUACAUGCUUUACACCGAAGAAGGGCUGUAUCUGGAGUGGAAAGUGGAAGUGGAAGAGUUCAGUUUUAUUACCCAGUUGGCAGGACUAACAGACCACCUGCCUGUUGCCAUGCGCCUUAUGGUAUCAACAGGAGAAGAGGAUCCUUAAAUAAGGACUGCGGUUGGUUGGGUGUGUUUUUUCUCCUCGAGAGUUUAGAAGAGGGAACUUCCAAACUUGUGACCGAGAGGCAAGGCAGAAGGUGGAAUUUUUGGUCCCCCCCCACUUCCACAAAAACAACUCGAGAUGGACCAGGCUUGUCUCUGUCCUUCCUACGGCUGGGGCUACACCGCUUUGCAAAUCCUUCUCCAUUUGCAUCCGGCUCGGAGGAUGUUAAAAAAGGGAAGCCAAGAAGCGUAUGUGAGCGGGUGCAAGGGGAGGGGGG